CGGCCCUUGGGAACGCUGGGGGCCCCGCAGACCCGCGGCCCGCGGCCACUCCGCUUCUGCCCUCUCUGCCCGCAGCUCGGCCGGCGCUGCCCGCCUCGGCGGGCCCGCGUCGGGAUGGGGUAGGACCAGCGCCGGUUCGGCGAUGGGCCGCCCCCUGGGCACCGAACAGCCCCCCGAGGCCUGACCGACCACGAGGACCCGGGAGGAUCCCCGCCUGGAUGUCCAGCGGAUGCCUCCGGGCCCCUCGGCGAACUCGGUGGAAACCAUGGCUUCUUUGAUGCCCCUUUCCCCAUAUCUGAGUCCCACGGUCCUCCUGCUGGUCAGCUGUGACCUGGGCUUUGUGCGAGCAGACCGACCUCCCUCUCCUGUGAAUGUGACGGUCACUCACCUCAGAGCCAACUCGGCCACUGUGUCCUGGGACGUCCCAGAAGGCAACAUCGUCAUUGGCUACUCCAUUUCCCAGCAACGGCAGAACGGCCCUGGGCAGCGUGUCAUCAGGGAGGUGAACACCACCACCAGGGCCUGUGCUCUUUGGGGCCUGGCUGAAGACAGUGACUAUACGGUGCAGGUCAGGAGCAUCGGCCUCCGGGGAGAGAGUCCCCCUGGGCCCCGUGUGCACUUCCGUACUCUCAAGGGUUCUGACAGGCUGCCCUCCAACAGCUCCAGCCCAGGUGACAUUACGGUGGAGGGUCUGGAUGGAGAGCAGCCACUGCAGACAGGGGAAGUGGUCAUCAUUGUGGUGGUGUUGCUCAUGUGGGCUGCUGUAAUUGGGCUGUUCUGCCGUCAGUACGACAUCAUCAAGGACAACGACUCCAACAACAACCCCAAGGAGAAGGGGAAGGGGCCCGAACAGAGUCCUCAGGGAAGGCCAGUGGGGACGAGACAGAAAAAGUCUCCAUCCAUCAACACCAUCGACGUUUGAGUGAACUGAGUGAAACGAAGAACCGGAACCAGAAGAGAGAUGCACUAAUAAUGUGGGAGGUGGGGGUGGGGUCAGGGAAAGCCUAAGAUGGUGAUCUGCUUGAGACUCCCACAAGGCAAUGCCCUCCCAGAAUCCCUGGCUGGUACCCAUCCUCUUUCUACUGUGAGCAGGGCCAGAAGGUAGGUCUGUUAGAAUCUGUA